AUGAAAAAACAAAUUAAAUUUUUACCUUUAAUAAAACUCCCUAAAGAUUAUUAUAACGUUAAAUCAUCAUCCAUUAAUUACAAUAAAUAUUGGUCUCCAUGGAAUUUCCCAUCUAGAAAAAAUAAGGUCUUUCUAGGAUUAUUGUUUGAUUGGAUUCUAAUUAUUGCUAUAUCCAUUUUAAACAAUUGGUUGUUUAAAAAUACGACUUUGCCAACAGCGCCAUAUUUUUCAAUUAGUGAUGAGUCAUUAAAGAAACCAAUUGUUCCUGGAAUAAUUUCAGCAAGCGUUGCGACAAUAAUAAAUACAUUUGUACCUGGUCAUGUCACUAGUGUUGCAUUUUUUUUUUCAUCACUUGGGUGGGCAACUGUCGGAGGAUCUUUAUGCCUUAGACCAACAUUUUUAACAAAAUGUCAACCAGAUCCAUCAGUAACAGCAAAUGCUUCGUCAGGUCAAUAUUUUACAAAUGAUGUUUGUACAGGAGAAUUAGAAAGUACUGAAUUUCAAGGAUUUCCAAGUGGACAUUCAGCAACCGCGUUUGGUGGAUGGGUUUUCUUCAUAUUAUAUAUAAAUGGUAAAGCAAAGGUUUUAAUUUUAUGCUUUCCAUUAUUAUUUGCAUCAUGGGUUUCAAUUACAAGAAUAAAUGAUUUCAGUCAUUUUCCAUUUCAAGUUAUAACAGGUGUAAUUCUAGGAAUUUUUUCAGGUUUAAUAUCUUAUAGAUUACAUUUUGGUAAUUCAGAUUGGUUUAUCGGAAAUGGGAAUUAUCUGGAUCAUAUACCUGCACACUAUAAAUUUAUAGAAGAUUGGAAUAGUGAAGAUGAGGAUGAGGAGAGAGGAAAUAGUAGAAAGGGAAAUGUAGCAAGAGAA